CCUCAACCCUACUCCGUUCCGUUUUCUUCCUCGAUCGGGUUCGGAUCGCCAAAUCACGCCCGUACGCGCCCGUUUAGUGGAGGACCAUAAAGCCGCCCGCGUGUAAUUGUUUCCAUUUCGGGCGCACCCGUCACUCCUUACCCGUUUCCCCUACUGACGCCGUUAAUCGCGUCACCAGCCCAUGCCGUAAACCCUAGUUCGUUUCGCUGGCAAAAUCCCCUUCCUCAAUCCUGAUCGUCUUCCUCCUCCUCGUGAUGCGGGAUCUGGUGACCCCACAUAGCUGGCAUCCCUGUGCUCUCUAAUGGCGAAUAGUAGUAGAUUAGUAUAAUUAAUUAGGGUUUCUGUAACUUACAUCACCCUAAAAACUAGGGAAGAGUUCCAUUCCUGUAGCUUUCUUAAUCGGUAGGUAUGGAUUUGGAGGAGGCUUAUCGACAAAUUGCGCUGGGGACAAGAGGGGGAAGCGGAGUUGCGGCGUGCCGUACGGCCACGUACGCCUGCGGCACUCUACUUUCGCGCUGCACGCCAGCUGUUCGAUCUGGAGACACCUGAAGUGAGCGGUGCUUGUCGCCGAGCGUCGGUGCGCGCAGGCGCUACAGGGCUUGUGUUUCGUCCUGCUUCGUCCCCACAGCUUUUUAUCCGGAUCGAGUGAGUAACCACCAAAAGAUUUGGAGAUGGGCCGUUGUGGCUCAUGGUUGGUUGGUUGUUUCUCGGUCCCGUUGAUGCUCUGUUCAGGAUUUGACAAGCUUCUUUAUGAGAAAGGCGCGGACGUGAACCAGAAAUUGUUCGGCGGGCACGCAAUUACGGCGGCGACGAGGGAAGGGCGAGCGGAAGUGGUGGAGGUGCUGCUCAAAGCAGGGGCGUCGCAGCCAGCCUGCGAGGAGGCGGUGGUGGAGGCGAGUCUCCAUGGGAGGGCGCGGUUGGUUGAGCUUCUUAUGCGCUCCGAUCUCGUGCGUCCGCAGGUUGCCGUCCACGCGCUCGUCUCCGCAGCUUCCCGGGGAUACGCCGACGUCGUCGACAGCCUCCUCAAGUGCGGAGUGGACGUCAACGCAACCUCCCGUGUGCUCCUCCGUUCGCUGAAGCCAUCGCUGCACACCAAUGUCGACUGCUCCGCGCUCUUCGCCGCCGUCGUCAGCCGCCAGGUCGCCGUUGUCCGGCGUCUGCUUCAGGCCGGAGUACGCAAGGAGGCGAAGGUUAGGCUUGGCGCAUGGUCCUGGGACGCCGCCACCGGCGAAGAGGUCCGCGUCGGCGCAGGGCUCUCGGAACCCUACGAUGCCGCGUGGUGCGCCGUCGAGUAUUUCGAGGUCACCGGCUCCAUCCUUCGCAUGCUCCUGCAGCACCACUUCCCCGUCAACGGUGCCCACCACGGCCGCACCCUCCUCCACCACGCCAUCCUAUGCGCCAAUCCUGGGGCCGUCGACGCCCUCUUGACUCUCGGCGCCGACCGCGAGCUUCCAGUCAAGGCUGGCCGCGACGUCGAGUUCCAGCCGAUCCACCUCGCUGCCCGGUUCGGCGUCGCCGACGUUCUGCGUGUUUUGGUUGACAAGGCCGGAUGUGAUAUGAACUCGAGAACCGAAACGGGGGAGACGGCGCUGAUGCUCUGCGCGCGCCACCAACGCGACGACUGCCUCCGGAUCCUCGUAUCGGCCGGCGCCGAUCUUGGAUUGCGGAGCUUCUCCGACGAUUCUGCCACCUCCGCUGCUGCUUCGAGCAAUUGGAGCAUCGGUUUCCGAGACGUCAUCCUCGGGGUGAUCCGGACCGGCGCCGUUCCUCCGUCGAGUAAUCCUGCGGUCUUCUCGUCGAUCACGUUCGCCGCCCAUCACGGGGACGUCGCAUCCUUGGAGGUGCUAUUGAGAAGGCCGGAGAUCAACAUUGACGAACAAGACGGCAUCGCCGACUCCCCUGUUAUGAUAACGGUCAAAGAAGGACAUGUCGAAGCUUUUCGCCGCUUGGUCUUCGCCGGCGCCGACAUGAACCUCCGGAAUAAAGACGGUGAGACCGCGAUAGACCUCCUGCGGUCGAAGGAGAAUCGCGAACUAUUCGAGCAGGCGUUGCUCGAGUUCACACUGGAACGUGGCGAAACCGGACACUUCCACGCCCUGCACUUCGCCGCUCGUCGGGGCGACAUGGCGGCGGUGCGGCUCCUGACCAAGCGGCGGGGGUGCGACGUGAACGCCCUCGACGGAGAGGGCUACACGCCGCUGAUGCUGGCCGCGAGGGAAGGCCACGGAGGGACGUGUGAGGCGCUGAUCCUCGCCGGCGCCGAGUGCCGCCUCGCUACGCGGCGGGGCGAGACGGCGCUGUCGCUGGCGAGGUUGAACGCAAAGCUGGGGAAGGAUGCGGAGGAGGUGAUAUUGGACGAGUUGGCGCGGGCGACGGUGACAGGCGGCGGCCGCGUGAAGAAGCACACCAAGGGGGGGAAAGGGGCGCCGCAUGGGAAGGAGCUGAGGAUGGUGGCGGCGGCAGGGGUGCUCCGAUGGGGCAGCGGGAGACGGAGAAAUAUCAUGUGCGGGGAGGCGGCGGUGGGUGGAAGCGCAGUCUUCCGAAGAAACCGGAAGGCGAAGGGAGUCGCCGUCGACGAGCCAGGGCUAUUCAGGGUGGUGACGGCGGCGACAGGGAAGAAGAAGAGGGAGGUGCACUUCGUCUGCGAGGAAGGAGGAGAAGAGGAAGCCGAGCUGUGGGUGAGAGGGAUAAGGCUUAUGACGACGGCCGCCUUGGGGAAGCUUCCAAGCAGCGCGGUCAAGUGAGAGUGAUACCUCCUGAGUGGUGUGCAGUUGGACUGACUUCACCUUGAAGUCGAUGUUAAUGCUUAUGUUGUUCAUAUGGGAGCUCAAGUAUUGUGCCAUGUCUGCUGUUCGUAGUGUCGAUUGCUUGCUGUCCAAUGUCCGAUGUUUCCCUGAGAGGUGUGUCUUGUUCUCUCUGGUUGAUGAUGCCCCCUUUUCAAGCUUUCUGCUUUUC